UUUGGCAUGUAGAGGAAUAGCCGAAUAGCAUCAUCAUUUCUGUUUCAUGUCAUAUUUGCAGACUCAAUCACACAUGACCCAACAAUUAUUACGGCCUCUAAGACUAUGGCCAUGGUUUCACCACCGUACUUGUGCUAGCAUUCCACUUCACUACCAUCAUCUUCUGACUUCUCCACAAGAACCCACAAACUCAAUAUCAACCUAUGAUCGUUUCUCGUUGGCCCCACUCGCUUUAUCUAAGCGAAAUUUUCGAAUAGCGAAUGUUCCACUACCCACCACUGAACUCGACAAUGGAGGUGCCAGUGCCAGUGCUAGUGCCACCGACUCCGACUCGGAUCCCAAGCCCAAGAAGAGCCGCAACCAAUUGAAGUGGGAAGCAAGGCGUCGUGUGCAUUGGGGAAUGGAUUUGGCUUCCUUCUCUGUUCCCCAAAUCAAACUCAUCCUUAGGGUCGCUUCUUUGGACCAAGUUGUGUUCGAAGCUCUUAUGUUAGUUAAGAGACUGGGGCCAGAUGUUCGCGAAGGAAAGCGAAGGCAAUUCAAUUAUAUUGGAAAAUUGCUAGGGGACGCGGAACCUGAGUUAAUGGAUCGAUUAAUAAAAGCAACAAAAGAUUCCAACCACAAGGAACUGCAAGCUUUAACUGGCUUAGGGUCUGACAAUCUUGAAGAUGACGAUGAUGACUUGAUAGAAACUGAAUACGAGGAGGACGAGGAGGAAUCUAAUUGGCAUGACAGUCAAGUAACAAGGUGGUUUGAUGGUUUGAUCAAUAAGGACAUUCAAAUCACCAAUGAAGUUUAUUCAGUUCGAGGAGUUGAGUUUGAUCGUCAGGAGUUGCGAAAGCUUGUACGUAGAGUGCACUUAUCUCAAGAAAUGAAGGCUGCUAAUGAAGAGGAGGAGAAAAAAAUAGAGACGGCAAUAAUUGGGGCCAAGAAGGCCCUCACUCGUUUCCUUCAAGGUAUUGCAAAGAUAAUACCUGAUGAGUAUUAAUACAUCAAUUAACCACUCUUAUUUUGAGGCGACAUAUAUCAGCCUAAACAGAUACCCCCCAAAAUGCGAGAAGUGCAUUGUAAGCUGUAUAUUGUCCUGGUGGGAUACGUGCUAUGGGAAGCUAUCAAAUCUUUUUUAUUUGAAUAAUGAAGAAUCUUGAUUUGUUAUUAAUAUUUGACCAUAAAGUUUAUAGUGUUGUGCUCGUUAAAUAUUAGUGUUUAUGUUAGAAAAAGGGUCAAAUGGAACUCUUGAUUGAUUAGGUAGUGGCAAACAAUUCUUGCAUUUGUAUUCUUUUUGGUGUGAAAAUCAAAGAUAGAGAAAGUU